AUGACGACGAGGAAGACCGAAAAGCCAUCUGCGACUCAAUCCGAAGCCGACGAUGAACCGACCUCAGCCAUGGCACCUGUCACAACGCCAACCGUCCUAACCGAAAGCGGUCGUGUCGUUACCAGAACAGUCGUCUUUACUCCGACCGCGGCUGCCUCCGAGGAAACCAGUCAUGAGAGCGGCCCCAACGUGGGCGCCAUUGCCGGUGGUGUUGCUGGCGGUGUCAUAGCUUUGUUAGCCAUCGUAGGUGGUGUACUGUUCGUCCUCUGGCGGAGGAAGAGGCAGCAAGACGAGCAAAACGGCGGACAUGACGGUGGUUCCGCUGGGAUCUCGCGCAAUGUGAGCACCAUGAGCAGAGCCGGCCUGCUAGGAGGACGUAGCGAAAAGUCACCGACCCAGCUUGUUACAAACUUCGGUUCGCAACGGAGCCGCCACGACGAGGAAUCGAUCACGCCCGUUACACCAUCAAGCCGCCGUCUAAGUCAACCCAUCCUAGUCGACUCGCGACUCAACCCAACCGCUGUUUUGACCUUCCAUGGCGCGAACGCCAGCCGGGAAAGUCUUGGAAGCAUCGAUGACAGCCGAGACUACGGACGACAAUUGAAUGUGCGAAACCCGGAUCCGAACGUCAACUAG